AUGCUAGCAGAGAUCGCCAAGAUGCAAGGCCCGGAAGGUUUUGAUUACGUGGUCAUAUGCUGCUCGGACCAGAGCGCAGAAGACUUCUGGCAGGCAAGGCUGACUCAGACCAUUCGGCAAGUCACCGGAUCCAGCAGCACAGUUAUUUGUGUCCACGAGGACUGGAAUGGCGGGGCCGGCAACGGCCUGGGCACCCUCUAUGCGUUCGUCAAGGCUUGCUCAAAGGGCAAGGAGAUAGGCUUCGACUUGGCCCAUGCAAUGCAUGCGGGCAAGUCUGUGGCCAUUUACCACACCGCCGGGAAGGGAACACGUUUGGCUCCCCUGCCUGGUGCGGAGAACAACAACAAACCAGGUGUGAAGCUGCCUGGUCUCCUGUCAGUGGGCGGCAGAUUCGAGCCCAUUACAGUUCUGGAAAGCGUGCUGCGCCAGACGAGCAGUUACGGAGCAGUUCGGGGUGGUCGUUGUUCUGUUUUCUGGGGCGACCAGAUCUUUGUACCUUCCUGUGGUAUCCAGCAGACCGACUAUCCCGCCGACAUACUUGCCGCCUUGAGGCCCAUGCCCACGAAACAACAGUGGGAGUCGGAAGCAUUGCACCAGUAUGGCCUGAUUGCAGUCGAUUCCAAAGGUGAUGCGAUGCAAUUGGAGAAGGUCACCUACGAUGUUGCUGUGCAGUACCUACCCAAAGACGUCGCUCAAGUCGGUACAUCCUUAGGCUCGUUCUCCGUCUCAGCCGCUUUGAUGGAUGCUCUCUUGGCAGAGUUCGCCUCCGAGCUCAAUGACAAGAAAGCUUGCCUGGACUCCGAUCCACAUUUCUGGAUGCCUCUCACCCUCAAGAAGGCCGAUUACAUUGCUGUGAUGGGCAAGAAGGGCACGACAGCCGACGAAGCCGGAAAGCACUACGAUCGCAUGGCGGAGUUCAAGAGCAGCUUCAAGAAGACAGGUGGCAUUCUGGGCUGUGUGGACGUGGGGCAGCAAGCCUACUGGUGGGACUAUGGUCGAUUAGAACUGUACAUGAGAAACAACUUUCUCAUCACUGAAGCGAACGCCAGCGCGCAUGCUCUGCGGACCUUCCUCCGAUUGCAGCAGCCGAGUCUCGAGAGCGACCUGAGUUUGCGACAGCAAUGGAACACGCUGGAUGGUGUCACUGUAGACUCCACAUCUGUCGUGCUGAACUGCCGUAUCGGGGCCGGCAAGAUCGGGCCAGGCUGCGUGUUAGUCAAUGUCGUGGCUCCCGCCAUAGACGUUGAGAACUGCAUUCUGGUGAAGGUCUCGUCGUCGCGUCCCAUCUCUGGAAAGGGCGGCUUGCUGUACAACGUGGUCGAGGAUGGCAAGGGCGACACCUUGUCCUGUGACCGAGUCCGAGCCGAUGUCUUCAUGCCAGAUGGCAUCCACCACAAGAUCUACUCGACGCCAAGCACCGAUGGCGGCAAGGUCUGGAAAGAGAAAGUUCAAGGAAACAAUUUUAGUUUCGAGGGCAUUUACAAGGCCAACCAGCCUCUGGACGUGUCGAAGUGCACAGAAGCUGCGAACUCCUCGCACGAUGCCGUGGGCAACAAGGUGAUGCCUGUGUCUGCGCUGAGCAACAUAUUCAUGUCCAUGUACAGCUGCUGUGCUAUGCGGCCGUGCCGAUCCAUGCCGGAGUAUGGAGAUCAUGCAACCGAUCAUCGUGUCUCGUUAGGUCUCGAUUCGCCCAGCAGCUUUCCACAUGCUUUCGGCAAUCCCGAUCGGAUGCCAAGUAGCUUUACAAGCGGAGUGUUUCAGGAUGAGCUAGGUGCAGAAGCCGACCUUGAAAGAAGCAAGCGGCGCGACCUCAAGGCUAUCAACCGUGUCGAUGCUCUGAAGAUGGAAGCACGUGACGAAUUGGAGUCCUUCAUCCAGAAUCCGUAUCCCGUGCCGCUGAAGCAGGUCCUAGCCGGGCGUUUGCGUCCAGUGCCAACCGUGUCCGAACUGCUGGCAGCCUAUAAGGACCAGCGGGAAGAGCUCGAAUUCCUGGAAAAGGAAGACAUCCCAAUGCGGGCGCAGCUGUGCAAUCAGAGCAUCUUUCAGUACGUCCGCGACAUUCAGCUCAAAGCAGAGGCGGAGCGGAUGCGGCCCCCGGAGCCGGUGGCCGGCGAUCUGUUGCGGACGGUCGGCAAGAAGAAGCAAGCGCCCACCUCGCCGGUCAACCGGCGAACCAAGCGUGUGCUGGAGCAGCGCCGGCAGCAGCGCCGCGUAGCGCUGCCCUUUUUGACCAGAUGGCGCUGGCAGCGGGGAGAAGUCGGACUUUUCCAAAGCGAGCUGCCCGAGGUCGAGGCUGGCCAAAUGCCAGCACCCAGGGAUCGAGAGCGGCCUGCAGCUGCGGAAGUUCGGGAGUCGGCCUCGGCCGCGUCGCUUGCCAGCGGCGGGACUUCGCCCACGAAUCCAGGCCAGCGAUCCUCGUCGUCGUCGAUGCCAAUCUCAACACUCCCCGGCGUUUCCUUCAGACUGGAGGAUGUUGGCUUCGAGCUGCCCGAUGGGAAGAAGCUCCUGAAGGAGAUCGACUUUACCAUUGAUGCGGGGCGGAGGGUGGCUGUGAUGGGACCCUCUGGCAGUGGCAAGACGACCUUGCUCGGAGUUCUCAGCGGCCGUGCUUCCUACGGCCGUGUCUCGGGCAAGUUGACGGUCGGUGGCAGGCCUGCUGACGACCUCAGGUUUCUGCAGAACGUCACCGGCUUCGUGCCGCAGGAUGAUGUCCUCCACGGAGAGCUCACGGUUGCGGAGAACCUGCGGUUCCAGGCCUCCUUGAGGCUUCCAGCUGGACGUUCACGCGAGGAGGUGGAUGCAUGCGUAACAGCUGUUGCAAAGGAUCUCAAUCUCAGCAGCCUGUUAAAUGCACGGGUGGGGACGCCUGAACGACGCGGAGUGUCCGGCGGGCAGAGGAAGCGAGUCUCCAUUGGCAUGGAGUUGGUGGCCCAGCCCUUGCUCCUCUUCGCGGACGAGCCGACCAGCGGGCUUGACAGCACCACAAGUCACGAGGUCGUUCGAUGCCUGAACGGUGCAGCUGCAAGGCUGAAUUCCACAGUCGUCGCCGUGAUUCAUCAGCCGCGCUACGAGACGCUGCGGCUUUUCGACGACCUGGUGCUGCUGGCCUACGGCGGUUGCUUGGUCUAUGCUGGCCCCACGGAGGACGCUGUGGAGCACUUCAAGACCCGCUUGCAUGUGACCUUCUCCAACAACACGAAUCCUGCUGACAUUCUGUUGGAUGCCAUUCAGCCACCCAUCAACGAACCUGAGGUUUGCGCAAGUGCAUGGAAAUCCUGCGCGGCUUUGCAGGACAAGGUGGAGCAGAUGGUAUUGCCGGCCAGCAUCUUCCGUCGCACUCGCCAGCCUUUCUUCCGCGCCGUCUUGAUAUACAUGGAUCGCUCGAUGCUGCAAACAAUCCGGGCGUACGUCUCUCUGGCCAUUAACUACAGCCUGUGCUGUGUGGCUGUGCUGCUACUUUGCAUGAUCCUCACCUACAACCGGCUGGACCAGUUCCUGAUGCAGUCAGCCCUGGCCGCGCUGUUCCUGAUGCUGCUUCAGGGUGUUGCGGCGCAACAGGUCUUCGGCGCCGAUUUACUCACCACCUGGCGAGAAGCAAGAGUCGGCAUGCCGAUGGUUGCUUACUUCGUGGCCAAGGAUUUAACAGCUUGCAUCGAGGUCACGUUGUCGUCGGCGGUCUUUGCUGCAGCCUAUGGCUAUGCGAGUGGCAGCCAGGUAUCCUUGCGCCAGCUCUUCGCAGGGUCUUGGGCCUUUGUCUUCGCGAUCUUUGGCCUCAACUACAUCUUCAGCAUCAUCCUGUCACCAGGCGCAGCACAGAUGAGUGCUGUCGUUACAUCGUUCCUCUCCUUCUGCACAGCCGGCGUCUACCAGCCACAGCUGAAUGAGAUGGCCAGCAUGUUUGAAGGACGAGGCUGGAUGGUGCCAGCGUUGAGUCCAGUUCGGUGGCUGUGGGGAUACUUGCUCACAGCCGAGGUGCCAAACUUGACACCGCUGACACUCCAAGGGUCGGCAGGCACUUUGCGUGGCAAGGGCUACGACGUGGAAUACCUGCACGAUUGCAAGAAUUCCAUGGUGGGCAUUCAGGACCAGGCUGUCAGAACUCUCCAAGAGGCGUGGCUCGACAACCGAGGUUGGGUGUGUUCAACCGCACCACUGCUACUACUCGGAAUCCUCUUCCGCUUCCUUGCAGGAUGUUGUUUGCUGCUCUAUGUGAGCGCGCAAACGAGCGGCUGGGCACGCUUCUUUGGCCAGUCAGAGUUGGGUGCUUGGAAAUUGGCGGGCCACUUCUUCAAGCUUUUAGUAGGAUCGUUCUUGAUCAUCUUCCUCUUUGCCGAGGUCUGGAUCUUCGGAAGCCUUCAUUUGGACUUCAAGGGAGGACAUUUCGGUCGACAAGCCGUACAAGGUGGAGGAGAUGGUGUCAUCUCUCUGUGGUGA